CUAUUAUAUAUUCGACUUGCACUAAAGUCUAUCAUGGAACCUAAGGUAGAAAGUGAUGAAUGUCGCUUUUGGUUCACUUGUCUGUUGCGUGUACUAUAGUUUCUGCCAAGAAAGUCAUUUUCUUUCUCCUUUUUUGUGUUUAUAACUUUAUAUAUUAGGCGAUUGUUUGAGCUUUGAGAGUGGACAAGCUGGUCAAGAUGGAAUAUUGGUGGUUGUUGAUCAUUCUGUUUUUGUCAAAUGGACAGUGGUGCUGUUUAGGUUGUUGGAAAGAAGAAAGAACUGCUCUCUUGCAACUUAAAGCAAAUAUAAACUACAUAGGAUCGGGUGGUUUCUUAUCGUCAUGGAUGGCCAACGAAACCUCAGAUUGUUGUCAAUGGUUGGGAGUUGUUUGCAGCAACAGCACAAGACGAAUCGCUGAGUUGUCCAUUACUGUCAGUAAAAAAGAUAUGUUGGAUAUGAAUGAUACUUUGCCGCUAUUCAAUGCAUCUUUGUUUCUUCCCUUCAGAGAUAUCAGAGCUCUGCUCCUCCCUGGAAAUUCUUUCGUUGGAUGGGCUGACACUGAAGGUUUUGAGAAACUGAGACAAUUGAGGAAACUAGAAAAACUUGAUUUGUCAGGGAACCUCUUCAAUCGCAGCAUCUUUCUGUCUCUUAGUCAACUUUCUUCUCUCAAAUCAUUGAACCUCAAAGACAACAACAUCGGAUCAGGUUUCGAGAGAUUGUCAGGACUAAAUAAGCUGGAAAUCUUAGAUUUGAGCGACAACACACUGAAUGAUGAAAACGUGCUCUCUGCUCUAGAGCUAAAUAAAUCUCGAACAACUUUGAAGAAGCUCGAUCUAAGGAACAACAAAUUUCGAAGCUUCAUACCAGAUGAAGAGUUGGGAGCUCUACGAAGUAUCGAGUACUUACUUUUGGAUGGAAACACAUUGGAUGAGAACUUUCUAUGGAGCAGUGGUGUAAUGUCAUCCCUUAAAGUAUUGUCAGUAGCUCAAUGCAACUUGAAUGGAACUCUACCUCAUCAAGGCUUGUGCGAACUAAAGUAUCUUGUAGAGCUAAGUCUCAGCAGAAACAACUUUGAUGGAAGACUUCCUGCUUGCCUUGGAAACUUAACAUUUCUUAGGGUAAUUGAUCUAACUCAAAAUCAAUUUACAGGUAACAUUGCCUUGUCUCCACUUUCAAGUCUCUUGUCCCUAGAAUAUCUCUUGUUAGCAAACAACAACUUUGAAAUUCCAAUUUCAUUUGAGUCAUUUGCUAACCACUCAAAACUUAAGUUUGUAAUUGCUGACUACAACUCUGUAAUUGUACAAAAUUCUUCUAAGUUAAGUUGGAUCCCAAAGUUUCAAUUGGAAGCCUUUUCUAUAUCCAACUGCUCUAAAAUGCCCAAUUUCCUUCAUUAUCAACAUGACUUGAGACUUCUUCGUCUCUCGCAAUGUAACAUUGGUGGAAACUUUCCAAAUUGGUUGUUAGAAAACAAUUCUAGACUUGGAGAAGUUUACUUGGGUGGAAAUGCAUUCACUGGAUCUCUUCAGUUGCCAUUCCUUCCUAAUCUGGAGGCUUUUGAUAUCUCAAACAACAAGAUUCAGGGACAAGUUCCUCCUAACAUUGGGUUUAUUUUCCCGAAUCUCGUGAUAUCAACAAUGUCAAACAAUAUGCUUGAAGGACUGUUGCCUUCAAGUUUUGCUGACAUGAAAAACCUUGAAUGCUUGGAUUUGUCUUACAAUAAGUUAAAUGGAGAGCUGCCGAUAGGAUUGGCUCGUAAAGGAUCCAAGUUAUAUUUUCUGAGAUUGUCGAAUAACAUGUUGAAAGGGGAAAUAUUUCCAGCAUCAACUUACAUCAACAGUUUCAAAUACUUAUAUUUGAGGGGGAACAGCUUGUCAGGCCCAAUUCCAAAAGAGUUGUCAACUGCACCCUUACAUUCAUUGGAUUUAAGUUACAACAAUUUGUCAGGAAACUUACCAGCCUGGCUUGGUCAUAUCCCCUCCUUAACCCACCUUUCGUUAUUUAGUAACGAUCUAAAAGGUCAUAUUCCACCUGAUUAUUGUAGACUUGAAGGACUUGAAGUCUUGGAUCUCUCCAAAAACAACCUUGUUGGUUCAAUUCCAUCAUGUUUCAGUGGUUCCCUAAACCUAAAACGUGUCUAUUUGAGUCAAAACUUGCUACAAGGGGAAUUCCAAAUGUUCUCAAAUAGCUCAAAAUUGAAGGUGUUAGAUCUUAGAGAUAACAACUUUACUGGUUCAAUUCCAAAAUGGUUGGGAAGUCUUGAGAUAACCACCUUACUCUUGAAAGGAAAUCGUCUUCAAGGCAUCGUUCCUACACAAUUAUGCCAUGCAAGUAAACUGAGAAUGCUAGAUCUUUCUUAUAAUAAUCUCUCGGGACCUAUACCUCAUUGCUUGGGGAACAUAAUGCAACAAGGAACGAGUUCAGAUGUAUACCCCUACACUCCAUCAUUUAACUAUCCAGGAUUUGAGAUCUGGGGUAGAGAUGCCAUGGUAUUUGUAGAAGAUUCAAUGGAGAGAUCGACGAUUUCCUUUCAAAAAAACUAUGGAUGGGUUGGAGCAGAUUUUACGACCAAGUAUAAUACCUAUUCCUAUGAAGGUACCGUGGUUGAUUAUAUGUCUGGAGUUGAUCUUUCUUGCAACCAGUUAAGUGGUGAAAUACCUAGUGAACUCUGUAAUCUUACCCAGAUUCGUGCACUAAACUUGUCACACAACCACAUCACUGGUGCAAUACCAUCGGAGUUCUCAAAACUCCAGAAUAUAGAAAGUCUGGACCUAUCAUAUAACAACUUAAAUGGGGCGAUUCCCACUCAACUUCUAGAGCUAACAACUCUAGCAGUUUUUAGCGUGGCACACAAUAAUUUAACAGGUUUGACUCCACAGCGUAAAGGGCAGUUUGCAACUUUUAAUGAAAGCAGUUAUGAGGGGAAUCCGUUUAUUUGUGGUCCUCCUUUACACAGCAGUUGCACGGGGAAUUUAGAGAUACUGAUGUCUCCUCUUGUGUCAAAUUGCUGUGAAGACGAGGAUGCUUUUCUGGAUAUGGAGUCGCUCUAUAUUUCCUUUCUUGUGUCGUAUGCAAAUGUGUUGCUCCUGCUGGUUGUAGUCCUCUGCGCAAGCCCCUAUUGGAGAAAUGUUUGGUUUUCUUUUAUUGAAUCUUUUAUGUACUCUUAUUACAAUUAUUUUGCUUCCAAGAUGUAAACCUUAUUGUAAGGUCUGUUUAACCAAAAAACUGAAUAUUUGGUUAAAACUAGAAUUUAAUAGAGAAAUCGGGUUACUGAUA